ACAGCGAUAUUGCAAAUGGAGACGACAUUUGACCGCCGCAAUCUUCAAGGUCAUCGAGUGUACUGGCUGAAGGAGACGGGCUGGAGAGACAGCCAGUUGGUUGCUGGCAGCGGUCGUGUCAAUUCGUACGUGUUCAUGGCGCCACACACAGGUUCGGAAUGUGGGCCGGGCUACAAGAGCCCCCUGGACGCGAUGCAGAAUGGCCCUCGCGAGAAGCUGUUGUACAUCCCCUGCAUACAGCCGUCUCCUCAGGAGACACAUCGCUCAGAUUACCUGGCCACAGUGGAUGUGGAUCCACAGAGCCCCACCUUCAGCAAGGUAAUCCACCGUCUCAACAUGCCCGCGGUGGGCGACGAACUACACCACUCAGGGUGGAACGUGUGUAGUAGUUGUCACGGGGAUUCCUCCAAGAGGCGAGACAAAUUGGUGCUGCCCUCCCUUGGCAGCGACCGCGUCUACAUCGUAGACACAGGCACUGACCCUAAGACGCCCCGUCUCCAUAAGGUGAUCGAGGGCGAACUGCUCCGGGCGCUGAAUGUCUCCACACCCCACACGACGCACUGCUUGGCGUCUGGAGAGAUCAUGAUAUCUGUUCUGGGAGACAAGAACGGAAAUGGCAAAGGCGACUUCGUACUGAUAGACGCUCACAGCUUGGAGAUCAAAGGUUUGUGGACGAAGGGCGAGAAAAAUGCCAAAUUCGGUUACGACUUCUGGUACCAACCGUACUGGGAUGUCAUGAUCUCUACAGAAUGGGGUGCGCCGAAGAGCUUCAAGAAAGGCUUCGCCUUGCCCGACACACAGGACGAAGACCUGUACGGACGAUCACUGAAUGUCUUCUCUUGGAACGAACGUCGCCUACUACAGACGAUCGACCUUGGUCCCGAGGGCAUUGCCCCAUUGGAGAUAAGGUUCCUGCAUGAUCCACGGCAAACACAGGGCUUCGUGGGUUGUGCGCUGUACGCCAAUGUGUUCAGGUUCUUCCGUGAAGAGGAUGGGAAGUGGAACGCGGAGCUCGUGAUCGACGUCCCCGCCAAGCAGGUGGAAGGCUGGGUGCUCCCGGAGAUGAACGGUCUGAUGUCUGACAUCCUUUUGUCUCUGGACGACCGUUACCUGUUCUUCAGCAACUGGUUGCAUGGAGACGUCAGGCAAUAUGACGUGACUGACCCCAAACAUCCGCGUCUAGUGGGGCAGAUCUUCCUGGGAGGCAGCGUACAGAGUGACGGACCAGUCACGGUCACAGGCGACAAGGAGCUCAAAGAACAACCGAAACCAGUGUUCCACAAAGGACAGCGCCUGUAUGGGUCUCCCCAGAUGCUACAACUGAGUCUGGACGGGAAACGCCUCUAUGUCACUUCCUCGCUCUACUCGCCGUGGGACAAGCAGUUCUACCCGGAUGUAGUGGAGAAAGGCUCGUUUUUGGUGAAGUUGGACGUGGAUACGGAAAAGGGCGGCUUGACCCUUAACCCUGAGUUCCUCGUGGAUUUCGGAAAGGAGCCGGAGGGUCCCGUGCUGGCGCAUGAGAUCAGAUACCCCGGAGGAGACUGCACUUCAGACAUCUGGCUAGUCGAAAACGAAACGAACUGAGGAAUGUCACAGAGAAUACGAAGAAUGGGUAACAGCCCCGUUGUAAUUUACUCGAGUCCUGGGCGUGUGUGAUUUGAGUACUGCAAAGUAGUUCGUACUCAGCGCUUAACAGAAGGCGUUGAGAGUACGCGAUUAGUCAGAAACAUAACCCCUGUUUAGAGUUCUUGCUUUUCAUUAAACGUGUUUUUCAAAUCGGCAGAAAUUUUUAAAUUCUCAUGCGCUCUGUUUACCUCUAACGAGUCUUCUAAAUGAAAUUUACCUCAGCUGAACCAGAUUAUUCCCAUUAUGUUGCGAAAUUACGAUGCACUUCUACGCAGUCUAUAAUUUCUCAAAUAAAUUUUGUUUCUUGUUCUGUUGCUUACAGUAAAAUGGUAAAUAUAUAUAUUAUCAGAUGUAUUGAUUAUGGUUAUAAAUCUUGUUUUGUAUAUCAAUAACAACAGUUUUAAAUAAAAAUAUUUCAUGGUG